AUGGGCUCAAUGUGUGCUAAAUGCAAAAUGAUUGAAAAUAUUGAUUCUGAUAUCUACAGUCUGGAUACAAAGAUGAGAACUUUGAAUGAGAUGAGCAAAAGUACAAAGUUUUCAUCAUUAAAAAUGAGCAUUACUUAUACAAAUCACUUAAAUUACAAGUUAUCUGAAUCAGAAGUACGAGAUGCAGAUGAUCCAAUUCAUUAUAUCAACAACAGCAGGGGAAGAAUGAAAUGUUUUAGUUUUUAAGAGGAUUGUCAAAAUUCGUUAAAGAAAUCUCAAAUCACUGAUAGCCCUAUGACAGUGAAGAGUGAAACUAGAGGAAUCAAAAAAAAAAUCAAGUUAUAGAGAGAUCUCAUCCACAUUUAAAAUUUAGAUUUAUCGUUUUAUCUUCAAAGAAAUUACUAAUAAUAAAUUUAUGAGGAACAUUCACAGAAGAGUAUUCUCAAGUCUCCUCUUAAUAGAAGUUUCAACUCCUUUUCUGAUUAAAAGAAAGUACAUUUCGCUACAGGAACAAAUUUCAAAACUAAUCGAUUUUAAAAAUCUAUGAGAACAAAUCUAACCAAAAUUAGAAAAAGUUUAAUAUGA